UCUCAGAAGACUUCUUCUGGCUAUGGGAUAUGCUUCUGAGUUAGAGACCUGGAUUCGAAUUCUGACACUUUCACUUUCUUCCUGCGUGACUGUGGCAAGUAAGUUGUUUAACCUCUUUGGGUCCCGGUUGAGUCACCUGUAAAGAGAGGAUAAUACUGCCUUGUAAGAUUGUUGGAUUAAAGGAGGUCAUACAAUGUAAAAUGUCUCUCACGGUGCCUAAAAAUAGCGGGUCUGCAAUAAACGGUAGUUAUUACAGUCAGAUGUUACAGGCGGUCGCCACCUCCCACUUCCUGCCUUUCUGUCACUCGCUUUCGAAAAUUGCUCUCGCUCCUGUUCUUUUUCUCCUCCCUUCUCGCCCCUCCUACUGCCGUAUAUUGCCUUCCCAGUGUGUCGUAAAACGCUCCUCCCCGCCCUCCAUGUGGUGAAAACGCAAUCACGCUUGACGGCGCGAGGUGGCUCAGCCGCAAGAUGGCGGCGCUGGCGGAGGAGCAGACGGAGGUGGCGGUCAAGUUAGAGCCAGAGGGACCGCCGACGCUGCUACCUCCGCAGGCGGGGGACGGCACUGGCGAGGGUGGCGGCGGCACUACCAACAACGGCCCCAACGGCGGCGGCGGGAACGUUGCGGCGGCGGCGGCGUCGUCGGCCGGCGGGGAUGGUGGGACCCCCAAACCCUCGGUGGCUGUCUCCGCCGUUGCUCCGGCGGGGGCGGCCCCGGUGCCCGCCGCUGCUCCGGAGGCCGGCGCCCCCCACGACCGACAGACUCUGCUGGCCGUGCUGCAGUUCCUGCGGCAGAGUAACCUCCGCGAGGCCGAAGAGGCGCUGCGCCGUGAGGCCCGGCUGCUGGAGGAAGCAGUGGCGGGCACCGGAGCCCCGGGAGAGGCGGACGGCGCCGGUACGGAGGCGGCUAGCGCGCUUCUCAGCCGGGUCACAGCCUCGGCCCCCGGCCCCGCGGCCCCUGACCCUCCGGGCACCGGCGCUUCGGGGGCCCCCGCCGUCUCGGGCUUAGCGACAGGUCCUCCGGCUCCGGGGAAAGUUGGAAGCGUAGCUGUGGAAGACCAGCCGGAUGUCAGUGCUGUGCUGUCAGCCUACAACCAACAAGGAGACCCCACAAUGUAUGAAGAAUACUAUAGUGGACUGAAACACUUCAUCGAAUGUUCUUUGGACUGCCAUCGGGCAGAGUUAUCCCAACUCUUUUAUCCUCUGUUUGUACACAUGUACUUGGAACUAGUCUACAAUCAACAUGAGAAUGAAGCAAAAUCAUUUUUUGAGAAGUUCCAUGGAGAUCAGGAAUGUUAUUACCAGGAUGACCUACGAGUAUUAUCUAGUCUUACCAAAAAGGAACACAUGAAAGGGAAUGAGACCAUGUUGGAUUUUCGAACAAGUAAAUUUGUUCUGCGUAUUUCCCGUGACUCGUACCAACUCUUGAAGAGGCAUCUUCAGGAGAAACAGAACAAUCAGAUAUGGAACAUAGUUCAGGAGCACCUCUACAUUGACAUCUUUGAUGGGAUGCCGCGUAGUAAGCAACAGAUAGAUGCGAUGGUGGGAAGUUUGGCAGGAGAGGCUAAACGAGAGGCAAACAAAUCAAAGGUAUUCUUUGGUUUAUUAAAAGAGCCAGAAAUUGAGGUGCCUUUGGAUGAUGAAGAUGAAGAAGGAGAAAAUGAAGAAGGAAAACCUAAAAAGAAGAAACCUAAAAAAGAUAGCAUUGGAUCCAAAAGCAAAAAACAAGAUCCUAAUGCUCCACCUCAAAACAGAAUCCCUCUUCCUGAGUUGAAAGAUUCAGAUAAAUUGGAUAAGAUAAUGAAUAUGAAAGAAACCACCAAACGAGUACGCCUUGGGCCAGACUGUUUACCCUCCAUUUGUUUCUAUACAUUCCUCAAUGCUUACCAGGGCCUCACUGCAGUGGAUGUCACUGAUGAUUCUAGUUUGAUUGCUGGAGGUUUUGCAGAUUCAACUGUUAGAGUAUGGUCUGUGACACCCAAAAAGCUUCGUAGUGUUAAACAAGCAGCAGAUCUUAGCCUCAUAGACAAAGAAUCAGAUGAUGUCUUAGAAAGAAUAAUGGAUGAGAAAACAGCCAGUGAGUUGAAGAUUUUGUAUGGUCACAGCGGGCCUGUCUAUGGAGCCAGCUUCAGUCCAGACAGGAACUACUUGCUUUCUUCUUCAGAGGAUGGAACUGUUAGAUUGUGGAGUCUUCAAACAUUUACUUGCUUGGUGGGAUAUAAAGGACACAACUACCCAGUAUGGGACACACAGUUUUCUCCAUAUGGAUAUUACUUCGUGUCAGGGGGCCAUGAUCGAGUAGCUCGGCUCUGGGCUACAGACCACUACCAGCCUUUAAGGAUAUUUGCUGGCCAUCUUGCUGAUGUGAAUUGUACCAGGUUCCAUCCAAAUUCUAAUUAUGUUGCUACGGGCUCUGCAGACAGAACUGUGCGGCUCUGGGAUGUCUUGAAUGGGAACUGCGUAAGAAUAUUCACUGGACACAAGGGACCAAUUCAUUCCUUGACAUUUUCUCCCAAUGGGAGAUUCCUGGCUACAGGAGCAACAGAUGGCAGAGUACUCCUUUGGGAUAUCGGACAUGGUUUGAUGGUUGGAGAAUUAAAAGGCCACACUGAUACAGUCUGUUCACUUAGGUUUAGUAGAGAUGGUGAAAUUUUGGCCUCAGGUUCAAUGGAUAAUACAGUCCGGUUGUGGGAUGCUGUCAAAGCAUUUGAAGAUUUAGAGACCGAUGACUUUACUACAGCCACUGGGCAUAUAAAUUUACCUGAGAAUUCACAGGAGUUACUGUUGGGAACAUAUAUGACCAAAUCAACACCAGUUGUACAUCUCCAUUUUACUCGAAGAAACUUGGUUCUAGCUGCAGGAGCUUAUAGUCCGCAAUAAACCAUCGGUAUUAAAGACCUUUUGGAAGCUACUGUUUGAAAAAGGGAGACUAAAAGCAAAUACCUCAGUGAUUAAUAUUUAAGCUACAAAGAAUGUUUUGUCUAUAUGGAUCUGGAAGGAUGCUGCUUGGAAAAUCUGAACAGGACAGUUCCACGUUUCUAUAGCAACCACAUUUAACUAAUUUCCGUUAGUUGAAUAAGAGGUAUUAUGUUUGUGGAGGGGACAUUUAUGGUGCUUUGGAUUGUGUGGAAACUAUGCAUUUUCUGUUCAAAUGCUAUUUUAAUUUAUUAUGUUUAGGAAAAAAAAUCAAUUGAUUUCAAUAAUUCAUCCGCUUCAAGAUUCAAAUUGAGUAAUAUAAUACCAUCUUGAAUUUUAGCUGAAGAACUCUAUGAGCAUGUAUGUUUUUGCUGUAAAAAUGUAGUUACUGUAUGGCACUCAAGUACUAUGUUAAAUGAUCCACUAACAUUUUUGCUUGGCCCAUGAUUAGUGGAAUGUAUGUUACUGGGUAGGGUGAACUACAAUUUCUAAGAACUAGAUGAACUACAAGCCAACCACUGACAUCUGAAUUUGUACCUGUUGGAUUCUGAGUGCACCCAAACACUCUAUAAACCAGGUGAAGAAAUUUAGCUUCCAUGUUCUACUUCAGCUAAAGCAGCUACAUACAACCUAGUACACUUGAAGUCAGACAGACAUUUCAGUUGCUUACCUCCAGUACUGAGCCUUGCUUUGGGAAACUAAAAGAUUU